AAAAGAUGCACGUGUGUUUAUUAUGGUUGUCUUGAAGUCGGACUCAUUAAAAUCAAAUCUAUUCCGCAGAAAUCAUCAAUAAUUGUAUAUUUCAACCAUCAAAUGCUUCAAAUCCGGAUUUGGCCGUUUCUCGUCCGCUGAUCGAAAUUUCUACAAGGCUUACACUUUGUAUGUUUCGACUAAAUUUUGUAUGCGGUUACAAAGCUUUGUAUUUAUUUCAACAAAAAGCGUUCUGCUGUCUAUGCUUUCGUUGCUUUCAUACUGUUGAGAGCAAGAUGAAUGAAAGCGGUUCGAAUACUGUCGCAACAAAAAGUUGUGGCGAUCGGAAAUUUUAUUGUUUUCCCAACGAAUAUUCUGUCGAGCAACAAGAUCCCACUGAUUCAAUUAAAACGACAACUUUAUUAAAUGAAAUAUAUGCUAAUAUAUCAAGCCAUGAAGCAACGUUCGAUGGCCCUUUUGGUUCAAAGUCAGUAAUAUACUGUGACUAUGCUGCUUCUGGCCAACCCUUAAAUUUCAUCGAAGAUUACAUCCGGCAGAAUGCUCUCCCAUUUUACGGGAACACACACACCACCAUUACUGCAACAUCAUCACAAAGCACCUACUUUCGACAUGAAGCAAAAGAUAUUAUUAGGAAAUCUAUUAAUGCUAGUGAACACGAUGCCAUCAUUUUCACUGGAAAUGGCUGUACAAGUGCUGUAAAUAAACUCAUACAUGCUUUGAACUUUCAGUUACCUGUGGUUGUCUUUGUUGGUCCAUUUGAACAUCAUUCAAACUUGCUGCCUUGGAAGGAAAUCAAUGCUGAAGUCAUUAGAAUUAAGGAAGACGUAAAUGGACUUGUUGAUCUAAAGUGCCUUGAAAAUGAACUCCAGAAAUAUUCCGGAAAAAGUUGCCACUUGAUAGGAAGUUUUAGUGCGGCUUCAAACAUAACAGGCAUCUUGACUGAUGACAUAGCCGUUUCCAUACUUCUUCACAGAUAUGGAGCAUUGUCUUUUUGGGAUUACGCUUGUGCUGGUCCUUAUGUCAAAAUUGACAUGAAUCCUGUUAUUACAGGAGAAAAUGAAGGGCUUGCCUAUAAGGAUGCUGUCUUCCUGUCUCCUCACAAAUUUGCUGGUGGACCAGAUACUCCAGGUAUUUUGGCAGCUAAAAAGACACUGUUCAAGAAUCCUGUUCCUCAAGAACCUGGCGGUGGCACCAUAUUUUUUGUGACCCGAGACACUCAUCGGUAUCUAAAAGAUGUGGAGAUGAGGGAGGAGGGUGGUACUCCCUCUAUUAUUGGAGCAAUCAGGGCUGGCAUGGUGUUCCAGCUGAAGGAUGCUGUGAGUACCAAAGUCAUUGCAGAAAGAGAUGGCGAAAUAUGCUCAUUGGUAUUAGAACGGUGUCAAAAUAUUCCUGAGCUGAAACUAUUAGGGAGUUCUUCUGCAUCAAGAUUGCCGAUUUUUUCCUUCGUCAUCUCUCAUCCAAAGUCAGGACUGUAUCUGCACCAUAAUUUUGUUACUGCUUUAUUGAACGACCUGUUUGGUAUUCAGUCUCGUAGUGGCUGUGCUUGUGCUGGGCCUUAUGCUUUGGACCUUUUGGGCAUCAAUGAAGAUCUUGCACAAAGAUUUGAUACUCUCCUUGCUGAAAACAGUUUGCUGGAUCGAACUCACUUGCGUAGGCAAAGAGAAUAUUCAGAAAGAGAGGUGCUCCGUCCUGGUUUUGUUCGUAUUGCUUUCCCAUUUUUCAUGCCCGAUGAAGAUAUAAAUUAUGUUGUUGAUGCCAUAGCUCUGAUUGCUAAAAAUGGCUGGAAAUUACUUCCUCAAUACAUUUUCAACCCAGAGACUGGAGAAUGGAAGCAUAAAUUAAAACAAGUUGUUCUUGGAAGGAAAUGGCUUGGGUCAAUAUCCUAUAAAGAUGGAUUUUUCUCUGUCAAAGGGGAACAGUUCAGUGAAAAGCCAGCCAGUAUGAUGGAUAUGUUACGUGAUGCUGAAACACAAUUUCAGAAUGCUGAACAGAUGGCAACCAAGAAAUUUACGCCUGAUCAGCAACUUGUCUUUGAUACAGAGGCAUCUGAAAUAAGGUGGUUUUUAUUACCAAGUGAAGCAACUCAAUACCUUACUGGCAGUCAAGUUAAACCAAUCAAAAAUCCUGUAUUUGUCGUAAGAACUGCUAAACAAAUCCCACAUGCCUACUUAAAUGGCAGCUCAAAUGGCACACUUGACUCACCAUUGAAAUUAGUUGAUGAAAAUUGCAAUGUUCAAGAUGGCAAUGUUGUUUGUCCCGAGAGAGAUAGAUUAUGUUUGGAAGAAGAAAUAAACAACAAUCAAGAAUGCCAAAUUACAUGUAGUCUAAGAAACAAAUUAGUGAUUUCAAAUCCCUCCGAAACUUCUGAAGCCUUGAGGAAAUGCAAAUGGUUUUCCCCUCCUGCUUGCAUCUUCAGGCCUUUCUUGAAAGCUGUGAAUGAAUUUAAUAUGAUCCAACCUGGUGAUAGAGUUCUGGUUUGCCUUUCAGGAGGAAAAGAUUCUCUUUCUUUACUUCACACUCUACGCCAGCACCAGUUUUAUGCCAAGAAAAAGGAUGUGCUGUUUGAAUUAGGAGCCAUGACAGUUGAUCCAAAAAGCCCUUCAUAUGAUCCAAGCCCACUGAAAGGAUAUUUAAAAGCUUUGAAUGUCCCAUACUUUUAUGAAGAGCAAGAUAUAAUUAGUCAGGCGGCCAAUGUUGAAUGUUCAUCCAUCUGCAGCUUCUGCAGCCGACUAAAACGGGGAAGAAUUUAUGCCUGUGCUCGUAGAGAAGGCUACAAUGUCAUUGCGCUUGGUCAGCAUCUUGACGAUCUUGCUGAAAGUUUUCUGAUGUCUGUCUUCCAUAAUGGGAGAUUACGGACCAUGAAGGCACAUUACACAGAUGAAUCAUCUUCUUUGAGAAUCAUCAGACCAUUUGUAUUUGUUCGUGAGAAGGAUCUUCGGCAGUUUAGUGAACAGAAAAAACUUCCUGUAAUUCCUGAAAAUUGUCCAGCUUGUUUUGAAGCCCCAAAGGAACGUCACAGGAUGAAACAGCUUCUAGCAUCUCAAGAAGUUCAAUUUCCCAUGUUGUAUAGAAGCUUGAGGACAGCAAUGUACCCUCUCAUGGCAAUAAAUCAAACUGGUAUUGAAGAUAAACUCUUGGGGAAGUAUUCUAAUUUUUCCUCCAACGACUGUAGCAUUGAUGAUGAUAUUGACUGAGUAUUUUCACUGCAUUAAGG